AUGCCUCCAGUCCCUGCUCUGAAGCAGGCCUUGCUGGAGGAAACAGUAGAGGAGGUCAAAGUCUACACUGUCGGACCAAAUGCCACUGUAAGGAACAUCCUUCGGCUCAGUAAUACUGCCGCUCUCAUGGAUAUCGACAUCAUCAGUAUUGCAAAGUACAACAAGGGACAUGCAUCUGUGGCCUUCAUGACGUACAACAGCAUGUCAGAAAUACUGAAGCCCACCUUCUUCCACUCAAAGAAAGACACAGUCAACACUAUGAUGUCCACAGUAGUCUCAGCCUUCCUGCCCGAAACCAACAACAAAACGCUUUCCAAUCCAGUUAACUUCACCCUGAAACACAUCAGAUGGAGUCAUCGCUUGGAGCUGCUGAACACCAUUGGUUUUGCAGUAGGGCUGACAUUGCUGUCCUUGGCUGUUUUCACCUUCAUCCUGUUUCGUAAGAACUCGAGAGUGAGCAGCGUACUUCGACUAAACCUCUGCAUCUGUCUGCUGCUAGCACAACUCCUCUUCCUACUUACUCAACGUUUUCUGGCUCACAGCAAUUACAAGGUGUUAGCAUGUGCUGUGUUUGCUGGAAUAUUGCACUUCCUUUUUCUCUCUGCAUUUGUGUGGAUGUUCCUUGAGGCCAUAACACUCUUCAUCUCGGUGAUGAACCUAUCAAAGAUCAAAUCCAGGCGGAGGGAGGUGCUUCACUGGAAAUACCAACUUGUGAUUGGUUAUGUGGUCCCCACUCUUGUGGUUGGUGUAUCUGUGCCUGUUCGGCAUGACGGUUAUGACAGUGAGACGUGCUGGAUUAAGUUGGGGACGAAUUUUCUCUGGAGUUUUUUGGGUCCUGUUUGCUUCAUUCUUGCAAUGAAUUUGAUCCUCUUCAUCACCAUCAUCAUCACUCUUCAGUGUACACUGAUGCACCUGAGCGGUGAUGUCUCACAGAUCAAAACCAGCAGGACUAUGGUGUUCAAAGCGCUGGCCCAGUUUUUUAUACUGGGUUGCCCCUGGAUACUGGGGUUCCUCACAAAUGUAAGUAUGGGGCUGGAGAUCAUCUUCCUUCUCCUCACUUCCCAGCAAGGCACCUUCAUCUUCCUGGUCCACUGUGUCCUCAAUGAAGAGGUCAGAAAGCAGUACAAAAAGUUGUGGUACACCCUCUGCCCUCACCAUGACAUCGAUGCAUUGUCAAAUGAGCAGAUGACAGAGACAUUAUUUAGAUCACUUGAUCCUGAAUUUGCUGUCUUUGCGGUGUCCACGGUUGGCAUUCCUUCCAUAGCUGAGGAGGCCUAA